AAAGCGGCAGACAUCGCCGUAAAGAUCUGGCUGCCAAGCCUGCCGUUGCAGACUCCCCAUCUCAAGUUGGUACCUAUGACAGAGGCUUGUGCCAUUUCUCCCGGAUAUCUCUUGCCUCAUCUGUUUCGCCACGUGCACCACGCUCUGCACACACAUCGUACGGCCGCCCCUCGCCGUCAUGGAGGAGGCGCAACCGAUGGCCGGUCCGGCUGCAAACCCAGCUGGCGAGGCAAGCUCGAGCAGCGAAAUACCCACCAUUGUGAACAUUCACGAGCUCCUUAGGACAAAAGAUGACACCAAGCGCUUCGUGGGGCUCGCCAUGCUCAAGUCGGUCCUCGACAACUCGCCACAGCUCCGCGAGGACCAUCAACUUGUCCAGGCGCUCUGGUCCAGCAUCUCGGCAAAGUUCCUCGACAGGCUCCUGAAGACAGGCUCAAAAUCCUCAUCCAGUAACCACACUGCCAGGAACAUGCUGGAUCUGGCUGUCUCGGUGCUGCACACCUUCAUUGCUCUCUUGCCACAAGAGUCCAGGGGCGAAGCAAAGUUGACGGGCAGGAUACCUGGGCUGGUCAACGCGCUGCUAUACAGCUCCGACGAGACGACGAACCAGGUUCUCCAGGUUCUUCACACCUUGGUCAGCACUCAGGGCGGGGCGCAUGCUCUCGUGCAGGUCGAGGACCUCACCCCGCUCACCGAGGCUGCCCCGGCACAUCCAGAUGCCAUGAACGUUCUGCGAUUCGCGUGGCUCAACUCGAUGACUACCAUCGACGACAGGAGGAAUCUCUCCGUCAAGAUAGACGAGACCCUCCAAAACCUGAUUUCUUCCUUCACAGGCACAGACGCCGUCACGCUGCUCGAUUUUCUCGGAGCGUUCCUUCGGCAGGCCGAUUCAACAAUACUACCAGAAAACCCAAAGUGGCUUGAGGCUGUCGCUGCUGCCAUCAGACGUCUCGUCACCAGCCGUCCAGCUCCUCAGGCACGCUCCGCUUACACAAACGCCUCGGCUGCGCUACUACAGGCGUAUCCCUCUAACGCACCCAAGCUCCUGUUCACCGACGACAAAAGCGAUGACAGGCCCUUUGCUUUCUUACUCAUCAACCUCAUGCUCAUCGACAUCCGCUCUUCCGCCCCAACUCUCCUAGAGAAGCUCAACACUCUAGACUAUCCGCAGACGUCGCGCCGGCUGGCCUCUGCCUUUGACGUCAUCUGCAUCUUUGUCGGUUACCUCGUCCAGGCCCUAGAAGAUGAUACUCUUGAGACAUUCGUCAUGUCUCCAGAUAGCCUACUCAAGUUGCGCAAGGGCAUAUCGGAAACCAUGUCCGUGGCGAUAGAAUACCUGCGCGACAGGUGGGACGCGUCCAUUGCCGGGGCCAUGUGUCUGCACCCUGAUGCCCGGGCCGGCACCGCAGCGACAUCGACGGGAACUCACUAUACGCUAACAUGGGACUCAUUAGCCGACACGGCGGAUGGCGAUCCCUUUAUUUUGUCAGCCGUCAGGGCUCUGGCGCUGUGGCUGCGCGAGGACGAGAACGAGCAGCUGAGAAUGGAAGCCACCGGGCUGAUCGACAUGCUCAUGGACCUCUACAAGGCCAGCACCGAGUCUGAGAAGCUCGACUUUAGAUCACCCGUCCUCGUCGCCCUGGAGGCUCUCGUCACGCUCGAUGAGGGGCGUGAGAUACUGCUCCGUCACAAUGGGUGGCAGAUCCUGGUGAAGGACUUGACGAAUACUCUGCAAGCUGCCAAAUCCAGAAGCUCGACAUACGAAGCCAACGCGGCAAGAGGGGUCGAGAUCGUUCGCAUCCUGCUCCAAAUUGCAGAGCAGGAAUCUAGCGGCACGGAAGAGGCAUGGAUGGAUCUCAUCACUGCGGUCGCCUCGUGGGAUGCGUCGGCCACUCAGGAGUUGCGGCCCAUUGAGCAGGAGUUUUCUGUGGCCGUGCUGCAACUAUGCUGCACUCUCGUGGAGAGUGCGAGCGUCGGGAUGAGGUCCAGAUACAAGCACUCCGUCAGCGCCAUCAAUGACAUUGCAGGCCAGGUGAAUAGCGGUCUUGGACCGCGGUCGGUCUUGCGUGAGGAGAUGGAGGACGUACUGUCGACGCUGCGGGAGCUGGACGGGCAAAUCUAACUCCAAGUGCCACAUUAAUGAUAAUGCCGCGAUGGGCCCAACAUGCUGCCGAUGCAUCAAC